GAAUAUUCAAUUCCUUGAACCCUUGGUGUUAACUUUACUUUCCUCUCUUUUGUCUUUUAAGAUCCAACACAUAGACUAAGCAACCAACUUGUGUAUUGCUUCUCCUAACAUUUUUCCUUUUUCAUUUCUUCUUACUCAUUGCAUCCAUCUUCUAACAACAAAGAAUAUAAAACACCCAGACUCACCCCCGCUUAUUUUUCAUCUCUACCACUAUUCUCCCUGCUUUUUUCUUCUUCUUCUUCUUCUUCUUUUUAGAUUGGAUCCCAUCUUUAAUGAUUGCGAUUGAAAGAACCCCUUUUUCUCUCACUGUUAUUUUCUCUCGCUUUAGUAGUUUAGAGAAAUAUGCCUACAAGGGUUAUGAGCAAGGUUGAGGUUGAAGCUGCGGGUGGAUAUGUGUGUGGGAUGCCAGCUGUUGAUGAGAUUUACAGUGGAGAUCAGAGGGUUUUGAUGGGGAAAAAAGUUGUAUUUCAGCAAGGAGGAGUCAAUGGUUUGGUGAAGAAUUCAUGGACUAAGACUAUUUCUUGUUCGGAUGAAUCAUCUUCUAUAGGGAAAAACAGUGAUGUUUCUGAGAGUUCAUUGGAGAGAUCGGGAGAUGGUGAAGAGGUUCAAAGCUGCUACAAAGGGCCUUUGGAUGCCAUGGAAACCUUGGAGCAAGUUUUACCAAUCAGGAGGGGGAUCUCAAGGUUCUACAACGGCAAAUCCAAGUCCUUUGCGAGCUUAGCAGGCGCAUCUUCUUCAUCCUCCAUAAAAGACCUCGCCAAGCCAGAGAAUGCGUACAUGAGGAAACGCAGAAAUCUGCUCGCCUGGGACAAGACAAGAAGCUCUCCCCUGAGAGGCAACGGUGGUGGCAUAUCGAAGAGGAUCACCAGCUCCGGCAAAACAACAUUUGCUUUGGCAGUCGCCAUGUGCAACUCUGAAGGUAAAAAGCAAGCUGGGGAAUGCAAUUCUGCCGGAACGUUGCCAGUGCCUUCUUCUAGGACGGAUUUCACCUCCUGGAGAUCAUUUUCUUUGGCUGAUUUGCAGCAGUGUGUUUCCGUUGCUAUUUCAAAUUCGAACGAGUUAGCCACAAAGUGAUCUUAAUCAGUUCCCUCUUGCAGCCUUUUUCUGAAAAAUGGAGGCAGAGUGAUUAUCAUUUUUGUGACUAAAAUGGGAAUGGCAGAUGAAGAGGAGUUGUUGGAUUCCUGUAACAUCAUCAGAAUGGAAAUAUGGGGUUACAAAAGCGAAUACAUUUGUAGUUUCUCGCA